UAUCGGUCACCGAGGUCGCAUUGGCCACUGAGGGCGCAUCGGCGCUGGCUGCCGACGAUAGGCGUCCGCGGGCGACGGUACGGUCAAGACCGCGUCAUAAUUACGGUAUAACAAAAAAGUCGGUAGGUAGGCAUACAUUCAUUCGCCGAGCCAGUGUUUGUCCGUCACCGUUCGCCGCCGAUCGUCCGAACGAUAUAACAAUAUUAUUAUUACGUUUUCAUAGGUAUCUACUUAACCUGACAGCCGUUAUUUGAGUUCCGCUCCUGAGUCGUCCAAAUCACUAUCACAGUACCGUUAAUAUAAUAUUAGAAAAACGUGCGAUUCACAUACCUGAUCUCAACGGCGGUGUCUGGACAUGUGUGACCCCAGUGAACCCGGUUAAACGAGACACACACGCCGGCGUGCGCCCACCCGUACCCGCUGGGAACCACGCACGUCAGACCAAAGGCCGACUGGUUGUCCGCGCGUACACAGGGCGACCGUAGACGUGAUGCCUGCGGUCCGCGAGUCGUGCUGUUCGAAGUGAAACCCGGUGAAUGGGACUAUGGGAAUUUGUCUGGACACAGACAAAAUUCCCGAUGACGAGCAUUUCAAAAAUGGUUCCAAAGAUAGACAAAAUUGGGAAGCAGAUGACAUUGACAAUUCAAACAGAAAUGAUACUGGAAUGUUCCCGUACACAAAUGGCCAUGUCAAAUUUGACACACCAAAAGUUCCAGUAAUUUUCGUACUCGGUGGACCUGGAAGUGGCAAGGUCACACACUGUGACAACUUGAUGAUAGAAAAGCGCGGUAUUGUUCACAUUAACAUGACCGACUUACUACAACAGUACACUGUCGGAAACGAUAUGGAAGACUUCAGCAAACUCUCCAGUAAAACGGUUACUGAAGUAUUGAUGUUGGAGUUGAAAAUGUCUCCAGCAGCCAAAACAUUUUUGAUAUCGGGAUUCCCAAGAAAUAUGCGUGAUGUAGUUGAAUAUACAAAUAAGAUCAAAGUCGUAAACGGAGUUAUUCUAAUAUCAUGGAAUCAAAAUGUGUUGGAACGACAAAUCGAUUACGGUGCAAAAUUAGGGCAUGUCGUUUUAAGUCUGGCCAGAAUGGAGCUGAACAACUUCUAUAAAAAUGUGACUCCAGUGUCAGACUUUUACGACCAGAGGGGAAUGCUCAUUUCAGUAAAUGGAGAACGGAGUCCGACGGAAGUGUAUAACGACUUCCGGUCUUCGGUACUGCAAAUAUUGAGUGCCUACAAAAGUCCGGCGCCGGUUAUAGUGGCCAACGGUACAGUACGCGUGGACAACCCGGGUACCGAACAACCGGAAGUCGAGGCUGAGCGCCCGAACAGUCACCUCCCCGUCGAUCACGUGCCGGAACCACAGACCACAGAUCGCGUCUCGAAACCGGAAACGUUUCCGCGAGUCAUUUUUGUAGUAGGUGGCCCCGGCAGCAACAAGAGUUCAUUGUGCCAAAAAGUACUCAGGGCCAACACUGGUUGGGGUCAUGUCAGCGUUGGACCUCUAAUGAGAUCUCUGGCGUCGUCUCAAGAACCUCUACAAGAAACGAUCAGCAGUGGACACAUCCUCGAAGAGUCGAUAGUUCACGAAAUAUUAGAUAAAGAGUUACUCAAGUAUAUAAAUGCAGAGGGUAUCGUGAUCGAUGGUUAUCCAAGAAAUAUUGGACAGCUCAACUAUUUUGAAAAAAAGUAUGCUCAACGGCCGAAGUUGAUACUAUUGGAUUGCUCAAAGUUGCAGUUAGGUCGCGGAAGGUUAGACGACAGCGUGUCGGCGUUUCGCCGGCGUCUGCAGAGUUUCCGCGAACAAACUCUACCGAUGCUCAAGGCACUGGAUAAAGACAACCGCUUAGCAGUAGUGGACGGUAACACCGACGACAAGCGUGUACAAGAGACGUUCAUCAGCACACUGGUGGAGACGAUGAAGGGAGAGAAUUUUCCGGUUUUCCAUCGGGACGACUACGACGACGAUGGCGCCGGCGAUAACGCCGACACCGAUCCUCGCCGAGACAUCACGGAAAAGCGAACUACGUCGGCGGUAGCGGCGGCAGCGACGACUGCUGGACACACGGUUUCGGGGCCGGCGGUGCCGCGUCAAAACGGUCAUCUACCGAACGACACGAACGGUGACAACAAAAAUCGGGGACAGAAUUUGCGUUACGACGUUCGUAACAUGUACUCUCAAAUAGGAUCGUAUGCCAACGACCCGUCGAUGUUCAACGGUUAAAUGACAGUUGCGUAAAACGGACAUUAUUAUUUUCGUGUUAUAAUAUUAUAAUAAAACGUCCUCAUAUAUUAUAGUAUUACGCCCAAUCUUCGUAGGCAUACAUACACAGCGGGUGGUCACUUUAAGUCGUAAGCGUGUGCGGGAUUUUGUGUCCGGUGCGGCGCGUGUUUUUCCGAUCAGAACGAUUUUUAUUCGUAAGCGUCCCACGUUCCCAUUCGUUUUCCUCGUUUCGAUUCGGGUAAAACGCGUGCUAGGUAAAUACCUAUUACCUAUAUUAUUGCGAUGUGUUCCUUUAUCGUCCGCCGAUUGUUUGAACGAAAAUGCGCGUCGUUCGGUAUUAGUAUACAAGAUUUUAUAUUAUAAAUGGGUUAUGAGUUAUAUUACAAUGACGUGGUCUAUAGACGAUAUUCAUUUAUCUGUUAGUAAACGGCUAAUUCAGCGGUUGUGAUUACGACUGUAAAUAUUAUUAUAUAAUGGUGUACACGGUUGUGUCUGUAUAUGUAUAGGGUCAGGGGCGUCUUCGGGGGGGGGGGGGAGAUGUGGGCAGUCGUCCUAGAGGGUACCUCGUAGUUUUUUAAAACAAUUUCUUAGGUUUUACACUUAAUUUUUCGGCAAUUGUUAUAAAUUACUAUAGAUAGGUUAGGUUAAAUGGUUAUAUUUUAUUAAAUAAAUAUUGUCUAAAAUUGGUUAAAAUUGUCUCUACAUAACUUCUUGAGGGGACGUUAGGUCGUACCCACACACGUUAUUUAAUUAAUUGUCAAUAUUAAAAAUUGUAUGUUUAAAAUAACCUAUUUUACUCUGAGUGUAUUUUAAAUUUAAAACAAGUUAAAUACCUACAUUUUAAAAUCGUACAUUUUUUUUAUUUUAAGAUAUUCAUCAACUCGUUUCAAAAUUCGAAUAUCGAAAAAUGCUUCUUACGAUCGGCACUUAAGAACAUUUUUACGUUUAACUUUGAUGACAGUGUACAGACUAACUCACAAUUAUAUUAAAAAUAACAGAGUAAAAUGAAUUAUGUAAAGACUGAGUUUAUAUUUGAGUUUUCACCCUUCCCCAAAAUGGGACAAUGACGCCCCUGGGUACAUGGUAUACGCGCGAAUACGUCCGUUAAUAUGAAAUCCAUCUAUUUUUAUAGACUUUUCGAGUUGGUAAAUAAUUGUUAUCAAUUUUUAUUUUUAGUCAUUCAUAUUUUAAUUUUACUAUAAAUUCAAUAUUUUUUAAACUUCUCAUACUACGUAAUCUUUACACAUAAAUAUUACCGUUGGACUAAAUCCAAAAUAAAUUGUCCGGUACAACGAAGGUGAGAAUACCAUUCGCUGCACAUUCGUGCGCACGCUUAUGCUUUGAGAAAUAAAUUACCAUCCGUCGUGUGACAUUACAGUGUAUCAAAAUAUUCAUACGGAUCGAUUGCCGAACGUCGCCGAUUGCGGAAAUCGAAUCUUUAAUAGGUACAACUACUACUCCUAUUCAUAAUAAUAAUAAUAAUAAUAAUAAUAGAAUAACUAUGAAUAUAUUUUAAUUUUGUUUCGUCUGUAUUUUAAUUAUUCAUUUUCAUUUUUGUUUUCUACGAAUGCGAUAACAUUGAAUAACUGGUGUACAAAUAAAUGUGUCGAGUAACGAUCAAAUCAUUUGUAUAUUAUAAUGUACUUUUGAUAUGUUUUUAUUGUUAUAUUCUACUUGAAUAAAAAUUAUUUUUGUCAUUUUA